GAAGCAUGUGAAGAGGAAUCGGUGCCGUCUAGUCUGACUGACCUGACGUCAGGACAGGUUUCAGCAUUUGACAGCUGACUUUCAGUAGGCUAAUGGCCGAUUCCACGUCCAGUGAGUCGGCCAUUACGGCUCAGACUGGACCUUCACAGCCCACCAUUACGGCUCAGACUGGACCUCUCCAAUCCACCAUUACGGCUCAUACGGGUGGAGUUGCAGUCUUACCUCAACUACAUUCUUGCCACAUUGAAGGAUCGGUCAACAUCAGCGUCAGCACAUGCUCAGCUCCUGUGCUGAAACCAGAUAUCUGCAUUAAAACAGUGUCUGAUAAACUGAAAUCAAAUCUGAGGAAGACAUUUGGGAGCAUUUUAGAGGGCAUAGCAAGGAAAGGAACCCCAACGUUGCUCAAUGAUAUUUACACAAAAUUGUACAUCAUUCAGGGAGAGAGAGAGCGAAUAAACAAUGAACAUGAGGUUUGGGAAUUGGAUAGUGUUUUAGAAUCAGAAACAUCUCAAGACACUCCAAUCAACCUCAACGACAUUUUUCAACGUUUACCUGACGAAAAUGAAGAUUUUCGAGUUGUCAUAACGAAAGGAAUUGCUGGUAUUGGAAAAACAGUUUCCGUGCACAAAUUUAUCCUUGACUGGACAGAAGAGAAAGCCAACCAGGAUGUGGAUCUCAUGAUCGUGCUUCCCUUUCGAGACCUGAACACAAUGAUUGAAGAUGAUGAAGGGUACAGUCUUCAAGAGCUGCUGGAGGAGUUCUAUCCUGAACUUAGAGAUGUCAAAGACCCAAAUAAGUAUGAUGGCUAUAAAAUUCUGUUCAUCUUUGAUGGUCUGGAUGAAAGCAGACUUCCUCUUGAUUUCCACAACAACAAGAGGACAUCUAAUGUAACAAAGAAGUUUUCAGUGGAUGUGUUAAUUACAAAUCUGAUCAAAGGACAACUUUUGUCAUCUGCUUAUAUUUGGAUAACUUCUCGACCGGCAGCCAUCCACAAAGUCAGUAACUGGAUUCUACAUCGUUUGACUGAGAUACAAGGAUUCAUUGACCCACAGAAAGAGGAGUAUUUCAGAAAGAAAAUUACUGAUCCGAUUUUGGCUGACAGGGUUAUCUCCCAUAUCAAGACAUCGAAGAGCCUACACAUCAUGUGUCACAUCCCAGUCUUCUGUUGGAUAUCGUCAACAGUGUUUUCUAUUCCAGAGAUUUUGGACACCACCCCUGAAAAUAUUCCUACCUCCCUGACUGCCAUGUACACCCGAUUUCUUCUUCAUCAGAUGCAGAAGAAGAAUGAGAAGUACUAUGGCAAACAUAAUACAGUGCCACUAUCUGAGACAGACAUGAAGAUAAUCCUCAAAUUGGGUGAGCUGGCCUUUGCAAACUUGGAUAAACAAAAUCUGGUGUUUUCUGAGAGUGACCUGAGUAAGCAUGACAUCGACGUCACUGAUGUCUCGAUACAAUCAGGUGUCUUCACUGAAAUUUUUAAAGAGGAGGAUCCUACCAUCCGAGAGAAGUGGUACAGCUUUGUCCAUCUCACCAUACAAGAGUAUCUUGCUGCAUUCCAUGCAUUCUACUUGUUUGCUUCUGAAGGAUCAAACCCAUUUCCACCUCAAAAAAGAUCCAGAUAUGAGUAUGACUACGAAGACGAUAGUGAAGAAAGUGUGAACCAGAGUGGUAAUACAGAGGAAGAUGAAUUCAGUGAUGAUGAGAAUGAUUCCAGUGAUCCAGAGUAUGCAACAAGUGAAGAUGAUGAGGAGUACAGUGAUGAGGAUGAGAUUCAACAGACUGCUUCACAGCAAAUAAAAAGUCUUCAUGAUUUACAGAAGACUGCAAUUCGUAAGGCUUUGAAGAGCACCAAUGGUCAUCUGGAUCUUUUUGUCAGAUUCCUUCUUGGGCUCUCAGUGGAUGACAGUCUGUGGAGACAUUUCAACUUGCAGAUAACCAAAGAUCAAAAGAGCAUUAAGGAAACUAUCCAGUACAUUAAAAACAAGGUUGUAAUGAUGAAGGAGAGAAUGCUCCCAUCCCCAGAACGUUGCUUCAAUCUCUUCCACUGUCUCGGCGAACUGAAAGAUGUGUCACUGCUUAAGGGAAUUCAGAAGUUCUUGUCCUCCAUGAAUCUAUCCAAUCAGACGAUAACUGCAGCUCAGUGCACUGCCUUUGCCUUCAUUAUUAUCACAUCAGAUGAGGUGAUGGAGGAGUUUGACCUGAGGAAGUACAACGCAUCUAGAGAGGGUCGGAGAAGACUGAUUCCAGUUCUGAGAUGCUGCAUCAAAGCCAAGCUAGCGGAUUGCAUACUCAAUGAAAAGUGCUGUAAGGCUUUGGCACAAGUUCUUCAGUCAAACAACUCACACCUGAGAGAGUUGGACCUCAGCCACAAUGAUUUAGAGGAACCUGCAGUGAAAGCACUGGCAGAUGGGCUGAAAAACUCCCACCGCUCACUCGCCUCCCUCGACCUCAGCUUUGUUGACCUAGAAAAAGCAGGACCGGUUUUAAUGAAUGCCAUUUUAUUGGGACCCCAUCAACCGCAUACUUUGAGCCUCCGUGGAUGUAAACUGAAACAGGAUAUAUGUGACAUUCUGGCCAAGGCCAUGGAGAUGCCGUCAUCCCAACUGAAGAAUCUUGACUUGAGUUACAACCCCUUGACAGAUGCUGGAGUAGAGAAAGUUCUUCAGGGACUUCUAAGUAAAACAUGUGUGCUGGAAAUGCUGAGGUUGUGUGCCUGUUACAUCACUGAAGCAUCCUGUGUGACGUUGGCUAAGAUUCUUCAACAGUCAAGUCUCUUGGAACUGGACCUGAGUGGCAAUCUGUUAAGAGAUGAAGGAGUCAAGCUGGUCUGCACUGGACUAAUGAGUCCCCACUGUCGGUUAAACACAUUGGGAUUGAAAGACUGUAACCUCUACAAGAGUUCCUGUGCGGCUUUGGCUCCUGUCUUAUGGUCUUUUUCGGAGUUGAAAGACCUAGACCUGUCCGACAACGACUUGCUGGACGCAGGAGUUCGGAGACUCUCGGCUGGAUUAAGGAAUCGCAACUGCUCCCUUCGUGUCCUAAAGAUGUCUGGUUGCCAGAUCACAGAGAGAGGCUGUGCUUUGCUUGCCUCCGCUCUCAUCAGAAAUCCCCAUCAUCUUGAAGAGCUGGAUCUCAGCUACAAUCACCCAGGAGAGUCAAGACAGCUGCUGUCUGCCAGACUGGAAGAUCCACACUGCCAUCUACAGAACCUAAACAUGGAGCAUGUUGGGAAGAGGAGCCUAAAAUGGGGUCUGAAAAAAUAUGCUGUAGACCUCACAUUCCAUCCACUUGUUCGCCUAUUUGAAAUAAAAUCUCGGGAAAUCAGAAAGUGUGACGUAGACAGUGAUAAGGCUGGUUUGAAUAUCUUUGGCUGUGCAAGUGGGGUGAGUGAUGAUAACCUCUCUGCCCUACAUUAUCCUCAUAAACUUGGAGUAGUCCUUUCAUCUGACAGAAAAAAGGCCACAAAACCAUCUAGAACUCAACAGCAAAAAGAUGAUUUGUUUAACUUUUUUUCUGCUUUUGAUGCGGCGACUGGUCUGGAGUCAAUGAGACAAGUGGAGUGUGACCAACCCUUAUCUGGGGGACGCUUCUACUGGGAGAUGGGUUGGACUGGUUGGGGUUACAUCGGUGUCAGACACCAUAGGACACUGAGACAUGAGAGGACAACAAGAAACAGUGUGCGGAGAUUCCUGACAGACGCUCAGUUUGACCACCAUUUUCUAAUGUGCUAUCAGUGUCAGACCUCCGGGGUCAACGCAGGCCCUCGGCAAGUCGGUGUGUACCUGGACUGGCCAGCGGGCACUGUGUCUUUCUACAACGUCUCCUCACGGGAGAGGAUUUGGCUGCAGACAAUUCACACUGCGUUUAGCGCACCGGUCACACCUUACUUUGCCUUCGGACCAGAUUCUUAUCAUUCAUCAGUCACUCUCCUGAGUCAGUGAAUGGUGCAACAUCACAGGGAACCCAACAAGGGAGGAUGCAAACUCACCUUUGAGACCACAAUAUUUGUACAGAUUGAAGGGGGGUAGUUCUGUCUGAGCACAACAAAAGUUAGCCUUGGUUCCCAACCUGGGGUCCGGCAACAUUCAGGUCGAGCUAGGCUAGGCAUUGGCAAUUCAUCCCCAGACCCUGAUUGUUGAAUAAAACAAUGUGUGUGUGUGUGUGCAGGAGUUUGAGUAGGGGGCCCUGUCUUGUCUUGGACACAGGCAAAGGGGCCUUCAAGGAAAACAUUUUGGGAAACACUGUUCUAAACUGACAGAAAUAUGCUGAUCAAUUUCUAAGAUCACCCUAAGCUGAUUUCUACUCUUUGUCUGAAUUAGUCAUAAAUUGAUUAAGAAAUGUGAUGUAAAUUUAAUUGAUGUUCAAUCUGUUUGCAAUGUGGCAAGAUUUUAGAAAUAAAAUAUGUUUUGAUUUUAA